GGGGCGUAUAGAGACUCAGUGGAGACGACAAGUCCAAGUAUAUGCAUCAGACAGUCAGAUUAGGAGCACAAGAUGAAGGUGGUUUUUUGCUUUUUCUUGUGUUUUGGGGGAAAUUUUAAAUGGAUCCUUCUCGUUGACUCAGAGGACACUCCGACUUUUGGAUCAAAAAAUAUACCCAGACUUCUGACCAAAGAUGUCAUCACCGGAGGUUUUGACUACCCAGUCUAUCAAAACCACACCAUUUUAUUUUAUCAUGAAGAGUCUGGGGAGAUGUAUGUUGGAGGGACUGAUUUUGUGUUAAAGCUUGACUCGGAAGGCUAUCAAAUCACAAAGGAAGUCCAUCUGGAGGCCACAAGGGAUGAGCAGUGCCAAGAGGACGUGUGUCAUAACGUCAUCACUGUCAUCGAGAGGUUUGAGGACAUCCUGUUUGUCUGCGGGACCAAUGGUCACAGCCCACAUUGCUGGAAGCUUUCUCCUUACAUAUUGGAACAUUCUGAAGGGACGGGCAUCUCUCCAUUCAUGUAUACGCAGAACUCGCUGUCUCUCAGAGUUGAGGGGGAUCUGUAUGCAGCAGCACCACUGGAUGCUGAUGGAAGUGCCUUGCAGUUCAGAAGGAAAGCAGGCAAAAGGGCCAAUGUCUGGAUGUACGACAGUUGGGUCUCAGAGCCUACAUUCGUCACUGCAUCGUGGGUGAAGCGGAAAGACGACCCAGAUGAGGAAAAGAUUUACAUUUUUUUUCGUGAAAAGAACUCUGACCACAGCCCAGAGGCGGAUCCAUGGAUUUCCAGGGUGGCCCGAGUUUGUAAGAUAGAUGAAGGUGGAUCAAAACGAUUUUUCCAGAACGUGUGGACAUCAUUUCUGAAGGCUCGGCUGGUCUGCGGAUAUCCGGAGGAGUCCCUCUACUUCAACCGUCUGCAGGACGUCUACGUGCAGCAUGCCGAGGACUGGCGCGACACAAGAGUCUAUGCCCUCUUCACGAGCAGCUGGAACUCCACUGCUGUUUGCAUUUAUUCAAUAAAGGCCAUUGAAGACAUUUUCAACAACUCCACCUUCAAAGGCUAUGACAAAGCUAUUCCACACCCAAGGCCAGGCACGUGUGUAAAAAACAGCCGCAGCUUGCCGCUGGUCACAGUCAGUGUGGUGAGGGAUCACCCCGAAAUGAGCGACUGGGUCCACUCUGUCCACUACAAAACCCCUUUUUAUGUCAGCAACAACAACUACACCAAGAUACUAGUGGACCGUGUCCAGGCAGUGGACCAGAACAUGUACAACAUUCUGCUACUCGCCACUGACUACGGAAAGGUCCAUAAGAUUCUCGAGGCCGGUUCUGAACCUUUCAUCAUUUCUGAAACACACAUUCCAAGUCAGUCCACCAUACAGUCAAUGAAACUGGACUCCAAAAAGAAAAAACUAGUGGUGAGUUUUGCAGAGAAAAUAUCGGUGGUGGACCUCCAGAGUUGUCAAGAGUAUAACAAAUCGUGUGCAGACUGCGUUCUAGCCCGGGACCCAUACUGUUCCUGGACUGCAUCUGGAUGCACCCCGACUGUCCCUGACGGGAUUCAAAAUAUAAUAGAUGGCCAAACAAGGGUGUGCCCUACAACAGUAUCAGACCACACUCAAGUAAACCGGUCCAGACGGGACGCUGCACCGCCUGUAAAUGUGGAUUUGCUCACGCUGCCAGCUGUGCCCAUGGGUGUUCCUUUUUACCUGUCGUGUCCCAUUGACUCCUACCAUGCCGUCUACACAUGGGAGCACAGAGACCAGAGCAGCCCGUGUUUGCAAAUGCACACCAACUGCCUCUUCCUCAUUCCCGCCGUCACCCCAGAGAGCUACGGCAGCUACGAGUGUGUUUCCAAAGAGAGGGACUACGUCAACGUGGUGAAGCGAUAUCAUCUAACGCAGCAAAUCAACCAACAAACCAGGACUGACGGAGGUAAAGCAUCAGCUGUAGCAGCGGAGAUAGUCUGCAUUGUAAUAGGACUUAGCUUUGCCUUGUUGAGUGCUCAAUGACCUGAAGUUAAAGCGUUAUUUGUGUUCUACUGAAAAUGUCCUCACCACCAUUCAUCAAUCAAAUAAGCUUAGAGUCCUAGAGAAACUACUGCAGAACCUCCUAAGUUGUUGAACACUAUUUUGCUAAAGGGAUCAUUGAUAAUAGAAUUACAAAUGGUCAGUUCCAAAAAAACUUGAGCAAGUGUACAGGCAUUGUUUGAAGUGUAAAAAUAAGCUAACCACCGUUGCACAACGCAAGGUGCCUUGCAUAGACGCAGCUCACAUUUUUGGUGUACAUUCCAUUUUCAUUAUUUUAUUAUUAUGCCAACUUGUUGGUGAGUUACGUGUAUUCUGCUGAGUAGCCUGCACAGAUUUGCGCCGACUGAACAACCGUGUGGCUAAUUUGCUUCCGAAAGCAAGGAAACAGGCUCAGUUUAUGUACAAAAUGGUUCUCACUUUUCAUGUACAUAACAUCCUUCUUUGAUGCUUGUGUUUAUUGUACUGAGCAACCAGGACACAGAAAUGUGUGUAGCGCUUUCUGAUGUCGAUUCCUGUUUAUCGUAGUUCUCUUCCUAUUCCGUGGCAGGAAAAAAAACAAAACACACAAGGGGCUGGUCUUACAAGAUAUGGCGUCAUGCAUGGUUCAAUUCCAUAUUAUACGACCGUUACGGUUAGGGUUGGGGCAUCGAGUCUCGAGCAUCGAUGGGAACCGGGACUACCAUUGCGAUUCUCCCGGGAUCAUUCAAAUGUUUUUAUUUUGAUUCUUAGUUUCGAUGCUCACUUCGUCGACAGGAAGAAAAAGCCACGAGCACCAGCAAAGAAGAAGCGGAUAAAAAGUUUGGCUUAACUUCAUAAAAAAGAGCUGUCAGCUCAGUGCGACAUUUGCAACACAAUAUGAUGCAAAGGAGGGGGCACGAUCAAAAUGAGUAAUGUUCACACAUUCAUGGUGUAGAAAUAACCACAAAGCACCUCGUCUUUGAUGCGCUACGUUGAACUUCCUCUAAGCAGUCAGAAUCAGGGAAGUCAAACAAUAAAUGACGUCUGUCUCAUGCCAGUGUAACUGAGGGUUUCAGGAUGCUAGCUGAUGUGGAAGUUUGGUGUAAAUAAAUGACGGGAUCUAUGACUACGGCUAGGCAACUUCUCAGCUCACACUAAGACCCCUUUGGGCUAUAUCCUGUUUAUCCUUGUGUUAACAAAAUAAGGUGUUCUAAAAAUACUUUACACCAACAUUGAGGCAGCAAACAAAGUAUAGUACUUUUGAAAAGUACAAAACAUAUUUUGUGUAAGUGUGCUCCUGUAAAAAGAAACGUCAUAAAGUUUAUAUUCAAGUUGAAUGGCUUGAAUAUUUAUAUACUAAUUCAUAGUAAAGUUGAUAAAAAAAAAAGUUUAUAUCAUUAAACAAUUCAUUGAGAAGUUCAGACAUUUCAUCCAAAAGGAACUCUGGUUAACGCCCUCAUUUAAACCAUGCAAACUUUUAUGACACUGCUCUUAAAAGCAUCUGAAUCGAGAAUUGUUAGGAACCGGAUUCGAAACGAGCAAUCGGAACCGGAAUCGUUAAAAUUCAAACGAAGGCCAACCCUAGUUACGAUGUUCGACUUUGGAGGUUCCACUAUUAAAGCAGGCUUCAGGAAUAACCGGAGGUUGUGUUUGCUCUAUGUCCCUCCCUGCUGUUAUGGAAAAUAACUGACUUUAAAACAAAAGUGGUAAUUACAGCACUGACAUGCUCAAGUAAAUGGGCCAAGCCAAUGAAUGUAUGUACUAAACACUAACCAACCACUCGUCUAUACUGCAGUAUCUCACAAAGUGACUCCAGCCCUCACAUUUAAGCAAGCAUUUUAUUAUAUCUUCUCAAUGGACAACGACUACAACUGAAACUAAUGAAACAAAACUUGGAUAUACUUUAGAGUAGUCAUUGUACAGCUUGUAUAGCGGAAUAGAUUUGCUAACUACUGCUUACAUACUAUUAGUGUUUAAAUAGCUGGCAACACAUGUUCGUACCAAAGUAACUGCAGGUGGGCCUGCAGUCAAGCAUGGUGGUGGUAAUGUCAUGGUUUGGGGCUGUGGUUCAUUGAGGGAAGCAUGAAACGUACUGAGAAACUGCAAAACACUCCCUUAGAUCUAACAAGCCCAAACACACGUCCCAAACGACAAGUGCCUCGCUGAGAAAGUUGAAGGUGUAGGUGAUGGAGGGGCCAACUACCCCUCUAGACCUGAACCCAAUUGAGCACCAAUGUUCCUCAGGCGGAAGGAAAGUGGAGGAGUGCAUCUCUGGCGCCAGUUUGUUCAUAGUGAGGUUUACUCACUUGUGUUGCCAGCAUUUUAGACAAUAUUGGCUGUGUGUUUAGUCAUUUUCAGUUAACAGGAAAUCCUUACUGCUAUACAAGCUGUACACUAACUACUCUAAAGUAUGUCCAAGUUUCAUUUGGAUAGUAUUUUCUCUUGAGAAGAUACAAUAAAAAUGGUUGCUGAAAUGUGAGGGCUGGACUCACUUUUGUGGGAUACUGUAUGCUUGAUUAUGUUAGGUAAUCCAUGGUCACUGUGGCAAUGACAGAGAAGCUGUUCUUUUAUAACAAGGUUGAAUAGCAUCCGCAUGAUUUUUGAAGAUGAAACUGAAGGAAUCCCAUUGUCUGUGUGUAUGUGUGUGUGUGUGUCUGUCUGUCUGUCCUCUGUCUCCCAGCUUCAUCCACACAGUGAGUCAGUGCAGUGGUGAGGCGUGCACAUGUUGAGGCAAGUGAUUUAGACCACAAGGUCCCCUUUGCAACGAGGCUCUAGUGUAUUGUGUGCGGAUGGGUGGAGUCCUUCCAUGAAUUUCCCUGUUUUGUCUCCCCUCCUACCACCACCUACCUCUACUGAGAACAACACCCAACGGUCAGACAAGCCUUUUAGAAGUGUGCAAUAGAAUGUGCAAUGUGGUUGAGUAGACAACCUUUAACCUCUAGAAAUUGUAUACUUUAACAUACUGUGUUGGGCAAAAGUCUGAGACCACCCUCAUUUUCGUUGUUUUGAUGGACUUCUACCACAGGAAUUAUUUUGCCACAGCAACAAUUAGCCCGCAUUACACUUAAAAUACAAAACUGAUUUCCACCUAACUUUGUCAUCAACGGAACAGCCAACCCCCAAGAACCAGUCUAGUAUUCCCCUUCUGUUUGUCAUCCCCCACAAACCAGGAAGUAGCCUGCUAACUAACACAUAAUUUGACAAAUAAACACAAAUUCUGCACUGUUGACAUUUUAUUUAUAUGUGGUCCUUAAAUGACCAGUACACACCAAAUCUAAUGCUGGCCUCAGACUUUUGCACAGUACACUAUAUAUAUCUAUAUAUAUUAUUUCAACUCCUAAUGAUGUUUACAGCAAUCUUUAUUGUAUAUGUCUAUCUAUUUGUAGAUCAUGUCUGCAUUAUACAGUGUAUUUAUUUGCCAGUUACAUUGUUGGUACAAAUCUUAACAAGAAUUUUAUUGUAUUUUUUGGGGGGGGAGGGAAUUUUCACUUAGUAUUUUGUUCCAAUGAAAAUCAUUAAUCUUCAAGAUUUUUUAUAUUUUUAUCCACUACAUAUAGAAAAGUUUUUUUUUUGUUGUUGUUUUGCAAAUGAAUUCAAAAGACAAAAAAUACAUUCUUUUGGACAGCAGUGCUUUGUUCUGUAUUAUAGAAAUGUAUUUUUAUAACAAUAAUCACAUGAAGUUGAUUUGCUUGUUGUUGCAAUAAAACAUGAGUUGAUACAAAACAGUUUUACAGAUCUUGACAAGCUCAAGACCGCUUCUUUCCACCAUC